UACAGUCCUCUACAGCUUCAUUUUUGGUCCUAUUUUGUAUGACGAAACGAGCUAGUGUUGGCUCUUCCUUUCAACCGCGUCAAGUGCGGGGGGCCUCAUCUUCCACCCUAUGUAAAGGCAAAGCUUACUGGACUCGGGUGACAUUUCUUUACCUGUCUUUGAUUUCUGAAAAGCCAACAUGGCAAUCGAGAAGAUAAUGAUUUUAGGGAACUGGGAGCUUUGCCUCACCAUCCUCAACGCCCUCUUUCCACAGGAAAAACAACCUGGCACACCCAGAUAUCAAGUCACUGUACUCACUUAUCUUUCACAAACCCUCAGCCUGCCACCUCACGUCAAGGCUUCCGAUGUACAGCAUAAGAAAUCUGGCUACUCGUCAACUUCACUGCAAUCAGUAAUGACUGGACAAGACUUAGUUAUAAGCACAAUGUCAGGCGGAGAUUCAGAGCAACAAAUCCGCAUAAUCAACGCCGCCAUCGCCGCCGGCGUCAGGCGCUUCAUUCCGGAUGAAUUCAGUCACGACAGCAUGAACAAGCAGAUACAGGCGCGCAUUCCAAAAGAUGCCGGCCGAGCAAAGGUCAUUGCUCAUCUGAGGAGCAUGCGGGAGGAUUACCCAUAUUUCGAAUGGACUGCGAUUGCGACAGGUUAUACGCUGGAUACUCAGCUUAUUAGCGGCAACAUGGGUUUUGAUCUCGAAUGGCAUAGCGCGACUAUUCAUGGCAUCGGUACUGAAGCUUUCGCAGCUUCUAGUUUGGAAAGAGUCGGACAAGUCGUGGAACGCGUCAUCUCACAUUGGGACCAAGUCAGGAACCAAUACAUAUACGCUGCAGGCGUCAUAACGUCCGCCAACGAGGUCCUGAGAUCUGCUGAAAAGACAAUUGGCCAUGAGUUUACCUUCGGGAAUUACGAUGUUCAAGAGUGUGUUGCAGAGGGAGAGAAAAGAAUAGAGAAAGGAUUUCCCGACUCUGGCAUGUUUCUGCUCGAGCGGAGCGUGCUGUAUGACGAACAACUCGACGCAUCAAAACCAUUCAGGAAUCGCAGCUCAAACUAUGUACUAGGGCUUCGAUCGGAGUCGGUCGAGGCUAUCGUCAGAACCGCCUACCACGACUUCAAACACCACGGCAAACCCGGAUGCGGAUGUUCGUCUUAACGCGCCUCACUUAACAUCCGACUCCUCCGCCAGGUUACAUACCUCACGCUCAUUCUACCUCAUCUCACAUCGCCCCGCAAAGCCUUCCCAAAUCGCACUCUUCUCCCCGCAUAUGCCGCGAAUCCCGCAUUGGCAUAAUCUCCCAUCUCCACAACCAACCCCUACCCGUCCUCCUUCCCCAAGCGGCAGACGAACAGUCCUUCAUAUAACUUAAAAACCACCUUCACC